AUGGUAUUUUACCUCGAUGUGAAGCUACCACAAUGCAAUACUUCAUCACAAGCUUGCGAUGGUACCGGUGAUAUUCAUAAAGAAUUCUUUGAUGAUGAAAACUUCUUAUAUCAACAUUCAAAAUCUGGUCUUUUGUCAAUGUCUAAUAAUACACCAGAUACUAACUGUUCACAAUUUUGUAUUACUACCGCUGCAGCACCGUCGCUCAACGACAAUUUUGUUGUUUUUGGUGAAGUCAUUGAUGGUAUGGAAGUCGUUAAAAAAAUAGAAAGUUGUUAUGAUGCAUCAUUGGAUGUACCAUCGGCCACAAUAUUUAUCAGAGAAUGUGGUAUUGUAACAUAA